UUCAUGGGCAUGGAAAGGGGUCGGGACUGUAGAAUUAACUCCGGAACUAAACGAAUUCGAUAACAGCGGUGAGACGUAAUUUAUUCGGUGUCCAAUUGUAGCGUGAAGUUCCUGGGCGUUGGAGCGGUAGAUGUGUUGUAUAGAGAAGAAUGGGCAAGGGUCAACAUAGGCGUCCUCGCGUUCAACGAAACACCAAUUACAUUUACCCGCGCUGUACUCAGUAGAAACCUCGGGGAUAUUUGCACAGUGCGUGAUUUUUGUCAGACAAGAUCCGUACAGCGUAUCGCGUUAUGAGAUAAUCCUAUAUACUAAGUUUUCUUCUUCAGUUUAUAUUAACCUAGAUUAUUGACAAUACAAAAAAUAAUACGCUAGGGCAAGGUAGACCUGCAUCACUGAAGAGGACGAUUGCAUACGCAUUGUGAUCUGUAAGAAUCAACGGGUGACAGUAGACAAAUAACAGACGCCGUUUAGGGAUUAAAGUGCCUACGGAGAGACGAUGUCAGCUUCAGGAACAGGGGUCGUGACAAAUCAAUAACUUCGAAAGCUGCGUUGCGAUUUAAAGGGCAUUUCUAGGCUGUCUAAUUAACUACAUUUGGCGUGUGUUUAAGCUGAAAUCUUUAAACACAUUUCAACUCACUCUGAAUUUAGCGACGGAGUAUUUCGAUAAUCAAUUUUGAUAACAAGCCAUUGCGUGAUCACUGAAUAAUCACAGCCUGUGCAUCGAUUAAGAGCAUCGGUUGUUACGUCGGGGGUUUAAAUCGUUUGGUGAAAUCACCGAGUCCCGGUGACACCUCUCUCGUCAAUAAUGCACGCGUUCCUCGUGCUGUCAUUCCUGACUCGUUGUCGCGACACUUAAGGCGGCCCAAGCCAUCCACUUAGGAAGCGUGAACAACCGGAACGAGCUGAACUGCGGUAAUCAAUUAAACAUUUACCUUGAGUGCGUUUACGCGUUACCACAGCAACCGGGACAGUUACAGCGCUGAAGUCAACAUACAUAUCAUGAAACCAUAGAACUAAUACAACAGCGCGUGGACUGAAUUCUUAGAGGUGAAUUUCUUGUUUGGCGCAAGGAAUAGUUUGAACGCAAGACCCGACAACAAUAUGGACAGUAAUAAAGCGACUUCGGCUGGCGGUGCUACGCCUGUGGUGCCUGUGCAAUUAUACGUUGUGCGUCUCUCUCCGCCUUGUAGAGCAGUAUGGAUUUAUAUGCUACAGAACAAAAUCAACCAUGAAUUGAUAGAUGUGGAUUUUACCCAGGGAGAGGAGAGCACUCCCGACUUUAUAAUCAAGAAUCCCCAUCAAGAGGUGCCUAUUCUAGUCGAUGACGAUAUCGUGGCGUUUGAAGGUCAAGCAAUCCUACGCUACCUGGCCACGACGUAUACCAAUUUUGCUGGCUACGGCAAUACCGCCCGAGAGCGCGCAUUGUGUGAGUCCAUCAUUAGCUGGGCAAGCAGCGAGCUCCACAGAGUGGUUGGAUACUAUUACACAUAUCCACAAUUCCUGGAUCGCUUCCGGUUGCCGUCUGACUCUGCAAACGAGGCUCUCAUCGAAGCCGGGAUAAAAGGGAUGACAAAACACCUGGAGACUUUAGAGAAACGCUAUCUCCAGAAAUCACCGUACCUUGUCGGUGACGAAAUCACAGUGGCAGACACCGUGGUUGCCACCAUUUUAUGCCAGGCCGAGUGGGUGGGCUUUAAAUUCAAAAUAUGGCCCAGAGUGAACCAAUGGCUUGAUAACGUAAAACAGCAAGAAUUCUGGGACCGCGUCCACGACGCACAUUACCAGUUUCUGAGAGAACUGGAGCAAGAAGUCCCACAGUUCGACUAGGGUGCUAAUCAGAGAGGCUUAGCUUUAUGUGUAGAACUGUUUAUUACGUGUUUAUUGUUUCGUCGCUUUUGUCUUGCAUAAUACGUUGUUUCAGUUUUAACGUGCGGCGCAGGUCUGCAGGUCGGAUAUAAUAGUGUUUUAACAUUUUUCCAAAUCGAGGCUAUUCCGCCGAAGGCUCCCUUAGGUCGGACCUUGAGCUUGUCCUAUAGUUUACUAGCAGAAACACGGAAACACGGACACUGCACAUUCAUUCUAAACGACUUUGUGUCACACAUUGAUUAAUUGUAUGAAUAUUGUCAAAAUCAAAUUAAGCAUUCAGGUACAUUAACUGAUUGCCCAGAAGGCUUGGCCAACAUACAUGUACAAGGAUAGUUGACUCUGUACUUUCUGUCAGGCUUAUUCAUGUAGAUGUAACUUGCUUGGACUAUUGCAUUAAAAGUCC